AUGUUAAUCUAUUGAAAAAUAUCAAAUUUUACUGAUCUGUCGACCAACCUGAUGUUGAAUUUUUCAUUAUUUAUUGAUAAAUAAGUGGAAAACUAAUAAAACAUUGGAAGCUCAGCACAAUCCCUGUAUAUCAUACCUUAAUAACUCUUUGUCAUAUCAGUCACACAGCAUCCAGGGUACUGCUGCCUGUUUUGCAUUUAUUUUACGAUUUUUGGGAAGUCAAAGGCUUCAUGUAUCCACAAUCGAUUCUAAAAUAAUCUAGUAUGGCUGUAAAAUAGUCGAUUGUCUCCAUGAAUCCGCCAUGUGCGAUUGGGGAGUUGUGUCGUUUGUCAUAUAGGAAGCAGCGUUCACCUCCCACUGUCAUUUGACAGUUAACUCAGUGGAUCCUGUGUAAUACUGUCGAAAUUAACGAACAAUAAUGUCUGUCGCACCGCCAAUAAAACCACCACGUGGUAUAAAACCAACAAAAGAAACUAGUGGCCUCUUGAUCUCAGUGAUUCGUGCGCUCUCAGCUUCCGAGACGAACGAACAACGAGAAGUUGAAAAAGCAAAACUUGAGAAAGAAUACAAACGCAGUGAUCAGCGUCUGGAUGAGUUGGUGUCCCUCCACGAUCAGGACCUCACCGAGGUAAUGAAAAUAUUCAGCAAUCUCUCGGAACGAGUGACAGCUUCCCGUGAGAAGAUUCACGCAGUGAAAGAGAACCUGAACGCUUGCAAACAACUCCUUCGUUGUCGUCGAGAAGAGUUGAUGAAGCUCUGGUUGGAGGGUGUGGAGCACAAGCACGUCCUGCAGCUGCUCAACGAGAUAGACCAACUCCGAGACGUGCCCUCACGUCUCACCCACUACUUGAACAAGAAACUGUACCUCCAUGCAACUCAACUUCUGGUGUCAGCCCUAUCAAUGGGCGACGGAAGCCUGGAGGGUGUGGAAGCCCUCCGAGAGGUUCGUCUCGAGCUGGAAACGAAGAAGCAGCAGCUCCAGCAGAAGCUCCUAGAGGAGCUCUCCCGUCACUUGUACCUGGAGACAACCCGAGACGUCCUGUUGAGGCGUCAAGGCUCAGGUCGUGAUUUUCAGCGAGGGAACGACAGUCGUGGCUCCAGAGGAAACAAAGUUAAACGCUCCCUCCUGGAAGUCAAUUAUCCAGCCACCUCUAGAUCAAACCUGAACCUGGAGGACCUGACUAACAUCACAGAGGACGAGAACGCCAAUCCCGAGGACAACUCCGAGCACUUCAUAGCGAUAAUAAUUCAGUGUCUGGCCCUCCUCAACAGCAUCCCCGAGACUGUCGAGGCGAUUAAAGUGCAGAUGCAGUCAGAGCUCCUGAAGAUUAUCUCAAGAACAUCGGAGCAAAUAAAGAAGAAUUCAAUAAAGACAUCACCGAGGACAGGGAUCGAGCCCAAUGGAAUUAUUGAACCAGUCAAUACUGGAGACAAUCCCCUGGUGGAGCUCUUGCACACGGUCUUCGAUCAGUUCCGUUCGGUGGCCACUGCCCACGGGACAGCUCUGCGAAGUUUCUCCCACGUCUGCAAGAAGUACAACCUGGACGUUCGUUUGUACGAGAUGCCAGACGUCUGGAGUAAAAUUCAAUCAGUUCUCCAGCUCCUCCUCACCGAUUUCCUUGACAUUCAGAACAUGAUGGAGGGCACGUUCCAGCCAUCAGCCCUGACCGAGGGUACCGUCGACAUAAACACGUAUUUCUCCAAGAAGAGGCCCCAGAAGCCCCUCCGAGGGUCUCUCUUCAAGUUCGAGUUGUCGUCCCACCCGAAGACCCUCAACAAUUACCUCAAAGAUCAGAGAUACAGUAAUUUGACGAGGGAGAACAACAUAUCGAGCCAGAGGAGACUAGUCUGCGAACCGGACCCCAAGAACAUCACGAUAAUCUUCCGACCGAUGAUGCAGUUCAUCGAGGAAAUCGAGAGGGCCCUGGACUGCAAGCCGAACCCUUGCACCCUGAACAGCUUCAUCGCUGAUUACGUGAAAGAAGUCUUCCUGGGGCGUCAUCACGUGAUGGUGGCGACCACAAUUGACGCAGCAACGAAGGGAUCAGAUGCUUGGAGUGCCACAACACCACCCGAGCUCAUGAAGGAAUUGGGACUGACGAGACCCCUUUUGCAGAGUACAGUAGAGGUGGAACGUUGUGUCGCUGAGUUGAGGUCCCUGAUGAUCUCACUGCCCCUCCAGGCAGAGCAUUUCUGCACACUAGCUCUGAAUGUCCUUCACAAUUACAGGGAGACGUGUCAGGGUGCGUACAGGGGGAUCAUCCAACCUGAUAGCGAGGACAAGAGAAUUUGCUCAGCUGCUUGGCUCAAGGACGACGACAUCAGUAGAUUCAUUAAGUCAUUGCCGAAUUGGGACAACAUGAAGAGCAACGUUGGGAGGAAGGGAAGAGGAAAGUGGACGAUGAGGAGGCAGGAGACACAGGAGGAGGAGAGCCCUGAGGAGGUCAGACAGAGGAACAUCAGGGAGGCGGAGAUACUGGCGAGUACUCUGGGGGAAGGGGGAAUAAAUUCACAUGAAAUUUUGUCUGAUGUUGGACAACUAAAGUGUCUUGCACUCAUUCAGGAGAGUGUCGAGUGGUUCUCGUUGUCCAUCAGGUCGUUAAUUGCUGAAAUGAGUCAUGCUAGGGGGAGUGGUGAACAGGUGGACUUGCCGAGGGUGUCGGAUUCUCUGGUGGAGUCCCUGGAGCAAGUUGCUGAUGAGUUUGAAGAGCUCGCAAAUACGUGUACACUUGUGCUACAUCUGGAGGUGAGGGUCCAGUGUUUUUAUUAUUUAUUACCCAGGGGGGAGUACAGUCAUCUCUGUGGGGGUGUCAAGGAUCCUCAGGAGGCUGAUCCAAGGGUCGAGGAACUCAGCAGAGUCCUCCAGAACAUAGAUGAGUCACUGCAAUCGACGCUACAUCAGAAGAAAAGUAAAUAUAUAUUUGAGGGACUGGGACAUCUCAUUGCUAAAAUAUUGAUCACCUCGGCGCAGUAUAUUGAUAGGAUUGAUAAGGGAGGGAUUCAGAGAAUGUGCAGAAAUGUUUUUACACUUCAGCAGACUCUGACGAAUAUUACGAUGGCUCGGGAACUCGCCCUUGAUUAUGCGAGACAGUAUUUUGAAUUGUUUUACGAAACUCCAGAGGAUAUUCUGAAUAAUGUACUGGAGAACGGAUCGCAGUUCUCGGAAUUGGAGUAUAUCAAUGCGUUUCAGCUGAUUGCGAGGAGUCGGGAGGGAUAUUCGUUGGUGAUUGGAAAACAUCUGGAGAAACUUUCGGAAAUACUGGGGGAAGUUGGGGUCACUGUGUAGACUCCGACCUGGUGGGAUGAUGAGCGCAAGGGGAAUUAUUUUUUUUUAGGGAGGGGGAAUGGAGAUGAAAAGUUGUAAUAUAUUUCAAAUAAAUUAUUGAAUUUUCAGGUGUUGAUAUACUCCUUUCUGAAUUUUAUUUGUAUCGAUUUCGUUUGAUUUGUUGUUUUCAAAAUUCAUGAAAUAGUAAAUUUUUUUUGCCACUAAAAGAUCCCUCAAAAAUAAUAAGUAUUUAUUGUUUUAUUAGAUAAAAUUGGAAACAUUAUCAAAAACAUUUUUUUAUAAAUAUUGAGAAGUCAGUGGUGAGCAAAUUGAAAAUAAGUAGGGGAGGGGGAUUAGGUGGCAAAUCUUUUGAUGCUCUGCUCGUAGGUUAUCAAUCAACAAAAGACUGAAAUACUUAAAGAAUUAUUCUGGACUUUUAAGCCCAUUUUAUUAUUAAAAAAAUUAUUGAAAAUUAUUUUGUCAAUCUGCUGUCAUUGCAAAUGACAGCUAAAUGCCAAUAUAAUUUUUAAUGAGUUUUCUAUCUGAGCACUUCUGACAAACACCUAUUUGUAAUUUUCCCUGUACGCACUUCUUCCCCAAUAUUUAUUAAAAUUCUCUGUGAAAUUAUUCUCAACUUCUUCUAGUUUUGUAAGAAUAAAUAUUCAUAAUUUUUGGGGACCUCACAGUGGCAAAAAUAAUUUUUUAUUGACUCGCUCUCUUAGAUAAAAUUCAAUAAAAAUCGAUCUAGAUAAAACUCAGAAAGGAAUAUUAAAAUUGAAGGCCUCAAAUCUGGGAAUUUACUCCUGAGGUUCACCUGGAGUUCAGUACAGACUAAUGUCAAUAUAGAUACUAUCAAUGAAUUGAAAUAAAUGAAUUUGUUGUGUUGA